AUGGCUUGUAAUAUUUCAGCUGAUCAUAAGCCUCAUGUUGUCUGCAUUCCCACCCCAGCUCAGAGCCACAUAAAAUCAGUGCUUAAACUAGCAAAACUAUUACAUUACAAAGGCUUUCACAUUACCUUUGUCAAUACAGAGUUCAAUCACAGACGUUUACUUAAAUCUAGAGGUCCUGAUUCCAUGAAUGGUUUGCCCGAUUUUCGGUUUGAAUCCAUUCCGGAUGGCCUCCCUCCUUCGGAUGAGAAUGCCACCCAGAAUACGUAUGCAAUUUGCGAGGCUUCCAGGAAGAACUUACUGGGUCCAUUUAAUGACCUGCUUGACAAGUUGAAUGACACAGCUUCUUCAGAUGCCCCCCCAGUGACUUGCAUCGUCUCUGAUGGUUUCAUGCCAGUCGCUAUCGAUGCUGCUGCGAUGCACGAAAUUCCUAUUGCGUUGUUCUUUACUAUCUCUGCUUGCAGCUUCAUGGGGAUUGAACAAUUUCAAGCACUCAAAGAAAAAGGCCUUACGCCACUAAAAGAUGAGAGCUUUCUAACAAAUGGCUACUUGGACAAAGUGGUAGAUUGGAUCCCAGGAAUGAGAGAUAUAAAGUUAAGGGACCUUCCCAGUUUUGUUCGAACAACAGAUCCUGAUGAUUAUAUGUUUAACUUCGGCGUGGAAUGUGCUGAGAGGGCUUCUGAAGGUUCUGCCGUUAUUUUCCAUACUUUUGAUGCUUUGGAGCAAGAGGUUCUGAAUGCCCUUUACUCCAUGUUUCCUCGUGUCUAUGCGAUGGGUCCACUUCAGUUGCUUCUCAAUAAAAUUCAAGAAGAUGAUCUGAAUUCUAUUGGAUGUAAUCUAUGGAAAGAAGAAGUUGAGUGUCUCCAAUGGCUGGAUUCCCAGAAACCCAACUCUGUCGUUUAUGUUAAUUUUGGCAGCGUAGCGGUCGCUACAAAGCAGCAGCUCAUUGAAUUUGGAACGGGACUUGCAAAAAGCGGUCACCCAUUUUUAUGGAUCAUAAGACCUGACAUGACCGCUGGCGACAGUGCGAUAUUGCCGCCAGAAUUCACUGAAGAAACUAAAGACAGGUGCUUUAUUUCAAGCUGGUGUCCACAAGAGGAAGUCCUCGACCACCCAUCAGUUGGAGGUUUCCUAACACAUUGUGGUUGGGGUUCCACAAUUGAGAGCAUUUCUUCUGGCGUGCCUAUGCUUUGUUGGCCAUCCUUCGGUGAUCAGCAAACAAACUGUCGGUAUGCAUGCAAUGAGUGGGCAAUUGGAAUGGAGAUUGAUAGCAAUGUGACGAGAGAAAAUGUGGAAAAACAAGUGAGAGAGUUGAUGGAAGGAGAAGAAGGUAAGAAAAUGAAGAAGAAAGCCAUGGAGUGGAAAAAAUUAGCCGAGGAGGCCACUGGGCCCGGUGGUUCAUCAUCCAUGAAUUUAGACAGGCUGGUGACGGAAGUGCUUUUGUCAUAAAAAUAAUAUUAUGGUCUGUUUAUCAGAAAAAAAUAAUUAAAUCUCAAGACAAAUGUAUUAUUUUCAAGGUGAUUAUGGUGUUUGCAUUGCCAAAUAAUUUACAUUUAUUUUCUUA